GUCCAGCAUGGCGGCGCCCUGCGCUGUCGGUGUGCCUGAUGAGGGAGACGGUUCCGAAAUAGUGUUUAGUUCGGUAGAAUCACCUGCAAACGAAUGUAAGAGACCGCAGUUCGGAACCCGUUACCUGAAGGACCCGCGUCAGGUUUUUCAACACAAUGCGUGGGAUAAUGUAGAGUGGACUGAGGAACAGGAGGUGGCUGCCAGACAGAAGGUCCAAGAAAACAGCCAGCCCCUUCCAACUGAGAAGCAAGAGGAGUACGAUGUUCGUGCCAAUGAGUACUGGAACGACUUUUACAAGAUCCACGAGAAUCGUUUCUUCAAGGAUCGGCACUGGCUUUUCACCGAGUUCCCAGAGCUAGCGCCAAACUGUAGACAGCACCAGAACUCCAGGACAGAGGGUGCUGGCGAGGGCCCUGUCCAUUCUGAUGCAGGUCAGAGCCAGAGCAGUGAUGUCACCAGUGCUUCACCUGCCCCCGAAGGCGAUUUCCCGGGCUCAUCCUGCACAUACCGCAUCCUGGAGGUUGGCUGUGGUGUGGGAAAUACAGUUUUUCCCAUUCUGAAGACAAACAAUGAUGCUGGGCUCUUUGUGUACUGUUGUGAUUUCUCCAGCACAGCAGUCGAGCUGGUCAAGGCGAACAUGGAAUAUGACCCUGACCGCUGCUUUGCCUUUGUCCAUGACCUUAGUGACGAGGCGGCCUCCUUCCCUGUCCCAGAGGGCAGUCUGGACGUCAUUGUGCUCAUCUUCGUGUUGUCUGCCCUCCACCCGGACAAAAUGCAGGCAUCCAUCAGAAGACUGGCACAGCUGCUGAAGCCAGGGGGAGUGUUGCUGCUCAGGGACUAUGGGCGCUAUGACAUGGCCCAACUUCGCUUCAAAAAAGGGAGGUGUUUGUCAGAUAACUUCUACGUUCGAGGGGAUGGGACCCGUGUCUAUUUCUUCACUCAAGACGAACUACACGACAUGUUUACCCAGGCAGGGCUGGAGAAAGUUCAGAACCUGGUGGAUCGGCGCUUGCAGGUGAACCGCGGAAAACAGCUGACCAUGUACCGGGUCUGGAUCCAGUGCAAGUACCGCAAGCCUCGGCUGCAGCACACACCGACGCUGGAGUGAGAAAUGCACCUGACCCUAAAGCUGAGCUGGACGUGAAACCUCACAGAGAGGAACUGGUAUGGCUGCCACAGCAGCAGCAAAGGGGUGUAAAGUUGGUCAAAUGCGGCAGGGUUGAAGACUGAAUACACGGACCAUUCUGAAUGAUGAUUGACAUGCCAUGUGUUGUAAUGGCUUGCCCUUGGUGAGCAGUUCAGAUCAGACCACAAUUCAAAUGUGGAUUUAAGGGCUCUGUGUGGUAAAAUCCAGCAGUAUUAAGGUAAUCAACAUUCUCUUUUGAGCUGGCUGGACAAGGGCUGAAUCUCAACAUGUUUUUAGACUGUUUGCCAUAUUUGGCCAUUUUUAUCCUGAUCCAAGUAAGGUCAUUAA